AGCUGCUAUAUAAGCACGAGCUCCCUCUUCUUGAAUAGCACACUGGACACUGUUGUGACGGUUGAACGUUGUCUCUGAGUGAACGACAGCUUUGACAGCAUCGAAACAGUUAAUGGUAGUUAGCGACAGUUGCUCUGACAAACCCUUGGAGGAGUAACAAGUGUUUACUGUUCGGAAGUUUACUUUUAUUUUGCGAGAGUUUGUUUUCAAACGUCAAAAUUAGGGAUUUCGGCCGAUUCUGGAAUACGUAUACUUUUGUUCAAAUUAAGUUUAACGUCUUUUAACGAACUUUGAAGCUCAGUUUUGAGAGCAUUAACAUGAUCUGAAAUGCGCUAAAGUGGACCCAUCAGAGCGGAUCAUCAGGAUGACAGAGCCAAUGGAGCGCACCCAUCACCUGAAAACUUCAGGCAGCCCAUCAGGUGGGAGCAGCGGAGACGCGUUGGAGCAUCUCCCAGCCAGCAACCGUGGUGGACCAGAGAAUGGCGACAGGGGGCGACAGAGAGACCAGAAGCAGCAGCAGCAGCAGCGGGCGGAGAACUGUGGGGAUAUCAACACAGACAAGUUAUGGCAAAUGAAAGGCGGACAGAGGGGGGUGUGCCCUGCCUUCGCAGCCGGAAACGAGCUCCCAAAGUGCCCGAUUGCAGCUCGGCCUCAUCAGAAAUCCGAUGUUCAUGCAGCGGGAGACGGUAAUCACACCUCACAGGGGAAAAACGGCGAAGACAGACCGCUGGAGGAGACCUUAAACCAGGUGCAAGAGGAGAGUUUGCUCAUCGACUCCGACACUGGCUUUGAUGCUCGUCUGGGCAAGAAGAGACACAGGCGCAGGAACUCCAAGAAGAAGCGCAGCUGGAAGCCUUAUUAUAAACUUUCCUGGGAGGAAAAGAAAGCCCUGGAAGAGAAAGAGACAGCCAGGGCAUCCCGGUUGAGAGAGGAGAUGUUCGCCAAAGGGCUCCCAGUGGCCCCCUAUAACACCACCCAGUUCCUGAUGGACGAGCACGACCGAGAGGAGCCCGACCUCAACACCGAGACCGGGGUCAGGCGACCCUCGGGGGUCGGUGGCCGCAUGGAGGACACAGGCAGCGAGGAGGACUUCUUCGACAACGAGGAGGAGGACGAUGAUGACGGCAGCGGCGGAGGCAGCGACGGCAUCGGGAGACCUGGGAACGCAGGUGGGGAGUUUCUCCAGAGAGACUUUUCCGAGACCUAUGAGAUGUACCACGUCGAGAGCCUGCAGAAUAUGACCAAGCAGGAACUGGUGCAGGAGUACCUGGAGCUGGAGAAGUGCAUGUCCCGGCUGGAGGAGGAGAACAACCGGCUGAGGCGCGCCGUGGAGCCCGGGGGUCUGACCGUGGAGAGCUCCCUGGUCCGGCUCGGAGAGCUGGAGAGGGAACUGGAGAGACUGAGGGCCCAAAACACGGAGCUCCUUCUGCAGAACCAGCCGAGCAAGGACAGGGUCCAGGUUACUACCAAUUAAAGGACACAAUUCAAGUAGGGAAAUACCCUUUCAAAAAGGUAAACACAUGGGACUUCUGCAUUUUUUUUUUUAACUGUCAUCAGUUUUCUGUAAUCAGUUUGUCAUCUGGACGAUAAAGUUCUUGCAUUGCAAUGCAAUACUUGACGUUUCUUUUCUAUUUGGACUGUAAGGGUGUCCUGUUCAAUUUUUUUUAAGAAGAAAUGUAAAUAUUUCAAAAAUAAGAUUCUUUUUAUAAAGAUAAUGUAUCUGACAACACGAGAAUAUUUUGUUUGUUUCAACUUCGUAGGUAUCCAUUGACCAUAUAGGCCUACUGUUCCACAUUUUUGAAUUUAAAAACAAACAUCGAAUGUUGCAUUUUCUCCCAAAAGGUAAAGAACAAAUUACAGCUAAUUAGGCCAGCUUGCAAAGACUGUUUUUUUGUUUUGUUUUUUUUUGUUUUGCAUUAGUAAAUUCCAUUGUGACCAUUUUAACAGUUGUGUGUGUGUGUGUGUGUGUGUGUGUGUGUUAACAUAAGUUCAAAUAAAAAUUUGAAAUUC